AUGGCCGAUUUCAGUCCCGGACUGCUGCCUUUGGCCACCAUAGAGGUGGUGAUGGUGUCAGAAACAACAUCGGGAGUCUGGACCUUGUUCACAGAUGGAGCUUCCAAUAUGAAAGGGUCCGGGCUCGGGUUAGUGAUAAUUACGCCCUCGGGAGAAACCUUAAGGCAAGCCAUAAGAACUGUUCCCUUGACUAACAAUGAGGCCGAGUAUGAAGCUUUGAUUGCAGGAAUUGAACUGGCCCGGGGACUAGACUCCGAGGUCAGUGAAAUCAAAUGCGAUUCCCAACUGGUAGUAAAUCAGGUAUGCGAGAUCUUCGACUCCAAAAAAGAACGCAUAAAAGAAUAUGUAGUGAAAUUCCAGACUCUGCCCGCACGGUUCAGGGAAUGGUCAAUUACCCACAUCCCGAAGGAAGAAAACGCAGAAGCAGACGCACUGGCCAACUUGGGCUCGUCCACGAAAAUGAAGGGAUAUGACUCCGACACGGUCAUACAGCUCAUGCAUUUAGUAUUGGAUGUGGACGGUUAUUAUAAAGUAAAUGCGACCAAUACCCGAAGAUCAUCGACUAUCUUAAGCACGACAAAUACCCGAAGAUCCCAAGGCAUCCCGGGCACUCCACACUAA